UUGUUUAUUGAGGUCGUUUAGGUCUUUUGUCAACAUUUCCAGCGCGUUCGUAAUAGCCUACGUGACGUUCCGGGGGUUUCAGUCGUCGGUUUGGCAAAUUGGUUCAGGAAAUCACUCCCGCCUAUGGGUUCCUUGUACGCGAACGCUACAGCUUUCUGGCACUGAAAAGAUUUAUCAUUAUAGUGUAAUUUUCUAGAGGUGAUCUAAACAUUUGAGUCCACAAAACACUUAAAGAAAACGUCAUUAAGGCAACGAAAUGAAAGAAAUUUGAGGGGUCAACAUCGAAGGACAUCAAUAUGGCCACACUUGAGCAACUAAACCACCAAGAAUCCCUUCUCAAGCAAAAACUUGAAGGAACAAAAAAUAUCACAGAACGAAGGAAACUCCGAGCGGAAUUGCGAUCUGUGAGGGACCAGAAAGAACAAUUGACAGAUGUUAAUGCCAACGACACGAGAACAACUACCAUGUCGUCAAAAUUUACUAUGUCCGUGAAUAGCACAGAAAAAAGGAAGUACGAAGAAAGAACCAUACGCGUUAACAGAGAAGAAAGUCCUGCCAGGAAAGAAAACGUUGCCCCACAACAGCCCAGAAGUGCACGAAGCACGUUUAGUUUCAAAAUGACAGAUAAAGACGAAGACAAAAGCGAAAGCCGCCAGACGGAAAGUAGCUCAUGGAGACGUCAGACCAAUCAUGUGAAAUCCAGCGUUGACGAGAAACGACCGCGGAAAGACCAAGAUCUCAACAACAACACUGAUGUGAAAAAGGCCGAUAAAGAAACAGAAGUUCCGAAAAGAGUCUCGCGGAGGUCAUCUUUGGCAGAAUUGUUCAAAAUUGAACAUGAAGGGAAAAACAGAGAGCCAAAACCUACAAAUCCUACCCCACCCCCACAAGCGACAGUAUCCUCGUCACCAAUGCUCAAGCGUAUGCCUAUGGAAACUCAUCAGGAUACGAAGACCAAGCAAGACUUGUUACAGAAUCUAGGGCGGCUUCGUGGCCGGCGAAGGUCUGUUCGUGAGAUCGAGAGGAAGGAGGAAUUGGAAGGGUUGAUGUACGUAAAGAGUGGCGACACAGUUAAACUAGUGAACACCUCACAAGGCGAUGAGCAGGUUAAAGAACAGAGAAAGGUUCGGCGCUCCUCGCGGAAAGAGAGCCAUGAAAAGCUGAAGGUCGAUGGAAACACUAUCAGCAACCGCAACGAAACGGAAUUAUCGGCUAUCCAGGAGAGCCCGCGAUCUCCAAACGCAAAGAAACGAUUUGGAUUUGGCGAUGAAGACAACGCAGCUCCAAAGAGGCUGGAAACUCCCCUUCAGAAAGAGGAAGCUCCCAAGGCCAGAAUCUGGCAACCCCCUCCACGCGCCAAUACAAAUGCGGAAUCCAACCGCCCUGGAAGGCAGUGGUCUGAUCCAGGCUCUCAGCGGGUUGGGCCUCCCAGGCCUAAUUCAUUCUUACCACCUAAAGCUAAUGAGCCUCCUAAGUUUGGACGGCCAGGAGGAGGAGGAGGUGGCGGAAUGGGCUCGGUGAAAGAUCGUAUGGCCUUCUUUAGAAAAGCUGCCGAGGACGAGAAAAAAGCAAAGGAGAAACAGUUCGUAGCUAAAUCCCCAACAGCGCCUGUCAACAGGUUUACUGCCCCUUCACCCACCAGUCCUUCAGCCCCGUCACAAACAACGACGACGCCUGCCACCACUCCAACAAGCCUAACAGAAAAAGUCUCCCUUAAGAAGGCUCCGGAUCCGAACAAGGCUCCACGAGAGUUAAAAAAGAAACCUCAGCUCAAAAGACAGAUGUCAGUAUCUUCGUUGAUUUUGACGUGGUGUAAAGAUGUCACGCAAGAAUACGAGGGAGUAAACAUUACAAACUUCAGCGGAGCUUUUAGUAAUGGUUUAGCGUUUUGUGCUUUGAUCCAUAAAUUUAACCCGGACAAGUUUGACUACAACUCGCUAUCCGCUGAAAAUAGAGAAUACAACUUUAAGCUGGCUUUCGAAACUGGAACUUCUGUUGGGAUACCUGCUCUCCUCGACGUCGAAGAUAUGGUUCGUCUCAAAAAACCGGAACCGCGCAGUGUCCAGUGUUACGUUCAAAUGAUAUUUAGUAAAUAUCGACCAAAAGACAUGGACAUGUCUAAUCUUAUUAUAGCUUGAAUAUCAUUGUUAGAAAUCAGUUCAAUUGAAUUUUGUAAAGCAGUAGGAAGUUAUGUGUUAUGGAGGUGCGAAAGUUUUUUUUUUUUGUCAACAUAUCUCGUUCAGUGGACGUUUAGGCUUAAUUGUGAAUUUCAAUCUGCUUUGUAGGAAUUUUCUACUGAUUUUCUUCUACUAAUUUAAUUAUUUUGGCGUUCGCAUUGCACUGGCUAUCACUACAUUUAAAGCUCGAAAGAAAAACACUCUUUUUACCGCCAAUCAAACAUGAUAGCAGUGUAGACUACUGCUGUUUAAGUAAUCUUACAAGUCUUGUACAACUGAACGGUAUAAAGGCUCAAAUUGAAUGAUCCGAAUUGAACCCAGUUUCUUUACAACUCUUUUGAGCCCCUGAAACUUUGGGGUCUGGGGAAAAAAACAAAUUAAGCAACAGAGACAUUUAUCUGGGUCGAAUUUUGGGAAAAUAUCUAUAUCAUACGAGAUAAUAUUCAUUCAUUAUUAAGAUACAUGAAGUUUGAAGCUGCCGGGUGCAAAUAAGACAUCAUGUAUUUAUAGAGUGUACAAGAAACGCCUGUUUGUUUGGCAUUUCAAAUAAUUUGAAAAAAUUGAUACAGUAGGUUUAGGUAGAGUUAUUUUUUCUACAAUUGUGCGAUUGCGAUUUUGU